UAUCCUCUGCCCUACCGUAUCUUUAAACUAUAAAACAGUUGACGUAAUCUUUAUUUAAUACAAUUAUGAAUAACGAUACACCAGCAAAAUUUCUACGCUCUUUGGAAUUAUUUCACAAUGAUGGAAUUGCUGAAUGGAAGGAAUGUAUUUUCACUGACAAUCUGAACGAUUUUGCCAAAAAAUCUCAAAUUUCUUCUGGAACCCUUCAUAAAAACUUGACACGAAUACUACAUGAUGUGUUUCAUCUAGGAGGCAUUGAAUUAAAAACAUUUGUAAUGAAGAAGGUAUACAGUAGAAUCUCUUCACUUGCCGAAGCAGCUAAUUCAAACGGAAAUAAUGGCGUUUUCAAUGGCUGUCCUCUUGAAUUAGAAGACAAACUGGGAGAAAUGUCAUUUUCUUAUGCUACCAGAAUAUCUGCCAUCUUUGAUGAGUCUUCCUUGAUUUCUGAGAAAGAAUAUCGUGAAAUAAUGUCUCGUUUUUGCCUUUUAUUGUCUUCCGAUGAUAAAGAUUGUUGCAUUCAAAAACUUGAAAACCUUUUUCCUAUGAUUUUGUUUUGCAAGUGGAGAAAAAAAUGUUCCGAUUCAAAUGGAAUUGUCAUUAUUACUCCAGUAUUGGGAGAAAAUAAAACAAUCAUAAACUUGUUAGAACGAAAAGUAAAUCUCAGUGGACCAUAUCCAAGUAACAUAUGGAGACCUGAUUCAGCAGAAAAUUUAUCGCCAAGUCAUGUAGCUUGUAAGAAAUCAAAUUGUAACAAAUUUCAUUCUGUGUGUCUCCAAUCACUAGUACAACAACAUCUUGCUCGUUGUCGCUCAAAAGCUGGUGGAAAAGUUUCUGUCAAAUCUUAUGCUGAAUAUGAAUUGUUAGAAAGCAACAAACAUCUGAUGGAAUAUCCAGAUGAAGAUCUGGCCCUUACAUAUGUCACUCUCUCUUUAACUUGUGGCAAGGUGGAAAAGAUUCUCCAAGUUGAUAAACAGCAUGUAAAAGAGAUCAAAAUGAAUAUAACACCCGCUCCAGGCGACAUGAGAAGCUCAGCCUUUUCUCUUUUUAAAGCUGUUCAAAUCUUAGAAGGUUUCUUCUGUGCAUUUGGAGACGCUGGCGAAGUUAAAUGGACUAGUGUGGAUGAUCUACCAACUACAAAUGAACAAGAAUCAUCUGUCAAAAAAGAAAAAUUGACAAUAGUCGAACAAAUUAGAGAAGUGAUUGGUUCAUAUAAUCAAGAAUGGAUAUUAUUAAACAGAGCAAGAAAACAAGCAAAAGCGAUCGAAGCACCGAAUAAUAAUGACACAACAAAUGAAGAUCAGGCAACUAAACAAAUGAUAUUUCCCAGAGAAGAGUUAGACUUCACUGAAAGGGUUUGGGAAGUAUUGCAGUAUGUUGGUUCGUGUCAACAACUGAUUGAAUCAUUUCAAAUCAUUGUGAAAGAAGUUUCUGAAUGCAGAGCAACACAAUUCUGGUUACACAACAAUAAUUCUACUACCCUUGCUAAACUCAUCAAGGAGUCUUACACUGGGAAAGUUAGCACGAAAAUUGAGAUGGGCAGCUCUGAAUGCAUACAACUUCUCAUUGAAUUAGGAUUGGAUAAAUUAUCUCGGGACUACAGCAAUUUUUUCAUCACAAGUCGGCUUGCGAGUAUGAGUCGGUUACAAAGUUAUCUUGAAAACAAUUCUAAAUCGGACGAGGGCAGAGUAGAAAACUUGAAGAAACGAUUCGUUAAUUUGAAGAAGCUCCAUCACAUUGUUGAGCUUAUUGUACAAUGCAAAUGUUUUUUUAAUCUAUCAGAUGAAAGGACUUCUCUGGUAACAAAGAUGGCAUUGCAUGACUAUGAAUCUGAAGAUUUGGAUUUUAGGAAAACGUUUACUUUCUCUAUUGAUUAUGCUGAAGUCGAAUGUUUGAUUGAAAACAGACUUCCAACUGUUUGGAGAAUGACAUUGUCAAGUGAAGAUGAUUUUAUGAAGACAUCAACUGACCACUGCUGGAUGCUAGAAUAUCCUUUUCAUGGAAUCAUUUCUGAGCCAAAUAAAGAUUUAGAUGCCUUGAAUACUCCGGCAACAUGUAGAAUUAGUACAAGUUCCAUGGCGUUCGAUGUAGCUGUAAAAUAUCACAUUGCAACUAAGUCUGAGACAAUUUUUUGAGCUCAAUGAAAAGGUUUUACUAUUGAAUCCAGUAAAGACCAUAAAAGUUCCUGCAGUCUGUCGCCUGCCUGUUAAAUGUCAGUUUAUAGAAAUCGUAUAUUAGUUUGCUUCCGUAUUUUUCUCAGAUUCUUGAAUACAUAUUUCACUUCACUUCACAA